UGUGUUCCCUGUCAGGGCAGUCAGUGGUGGUAGCCCCAAAUGAAGUUUUAUCGAUGGUCCUUUAUUUCAGGAUUAAAAAAAAGAAUCUGAGACCUAUAUGUUAUCUUCUUAAGAAGGGAUGGAUAGAAGACAGCACUGAUAGGAAAGUGACUGGUCUGUGAGAUCGAUCACCUAGGUCGCAGGUCUCAGUGUCCUUCACCAGGAACAGUGUAAAAGAGGGAGUGAGCAUUUCUGCCUUAUCUGUCACCUAGGGUUGUGGUGAUCAAAUGACAUAAUGUGUAUGUGACAGUACUUCAAUGACAAAGCUGCAGGAGAAUAUAAAUUACCGAGAUCUGGAAGACAGGCAUAAUCUUAAAUUCAUGAGACAUUAACGAAGAGUUGAAGUGUUGUAGAAAGAAGUCAAACCAGGCAGAAAAAGUUAAUUGCGAAUCUUCAUAUUUCUCUAAAUAGAAACAAUUUGAAGGUAAGGUGAAUUUGGAUAUAUGCAGUUAACUUGCAUAACAAGAAGUUAAGUCUGAUGAGCCUUCAGUCAUUCAGAGGUAGUGCACGUAUUCCCUCGGUAACUUGUUUUCUUCUUCAAAUGUAAGAUACAAGAGGAAAGGAGACUCCUGCCUUGGCAUUAACCCUAAGAAGCAGUGUAUAUCUUGGGAAGGGGCUCCCACAGAAAAGAAGAAUUCACACAAGCAUGUUGAACGCUAUUUUACGAAGAAAAAUGUGGGAUUGAUGAGCAUUGAUGGCGUUGCCGUUAGCAGUAAAACUGAACCUCCCUCAUCAGAGCCGGCCUCAUUUAUACCAGUGAAGGAUUCGGACGACGUGGCUCCUUCUGUCACCACCUGGCUGAACCCUCUGGGGAUUUAUGACCUUUCCAUCACGCAGUGGUCACAAGGACAGGGCCCUGGGGAGCAAGAGUCAAAGCCACCAGACUCACAGCCAGACAGAGAACGCCGUUCUCAAGGCCAAGGUGAGGAGUUUAACAGGAAGAUUCGGGAGAAUCCUCGGGAUACUCAGCUGUGGAUGGCGUUUGUUACUUUUCAGAUACAAGAGGAAAGGAGACUCCUGCCUUGGCAUUAACCCUAAGAAGCAGUGUAUAUCUUGGGAAGGGGCUCCCACAGAAAAGAAGAAUUCACACAAGCAUGUUGAACGCUAUUUUACGAAGAAAAAUGUGGGAUUGAUGAGCAUUGAUGGCGUUGCCGUUAGCAGUAAAACUGAACCUCCCUCAUCAGAGCCGGCCUCAUUUAUACCAGUGAAGGAUUCGGACGACGUGGCUCCUUCUGUCACCACCUGGCUGAACCCUCUGGGGAUUUAUGACCUUUCCACCACGCAGUGGUUACAAGGACAGGGCCCUGGGGAGCAAGACUCAAAGCCACCAGACUCACAGCCAGACAGAGAGAAUGCUGGUCUGAAGGCCAAGGUGGAGGAGUUCAACAGGAAGAUUCGGGAGAAUCCUCAGGAUACUCAGCUGUGGAUGGCGUUUGUUGCUUUUCAGGAUGAGGUCAUGAGAAAGCCGGGCCUGUAUGCCAUUGACGAAGGAGAGCAGGAGAAGCGAAAGCGGUCCCUGAAGCUCAUCCUGGAGAAGAAGCUGGCCAUCCUGGAGCGGGCCAUCGAGAGCAACCAGAGCAGUGUCGACUUGAAACUCGCCAAGCUGAAGCUCUGCAUGGAGUUCUGGGAGCCCGCCACUCUGGUCAAAGAGUGGCAGAAGCUGAUAUUCUUGCACCCCAACAAUACAGCCCUUUGGCAGAAAUACCUUCUAUUUUGCCAGAGUCAAUUUAGCACCUUCUCUGUGUCAAAAAUUCACAAUCUUUAUGGAAAAUGCUUGAGUACUUUGUCUUCCGUUAAGGACGGCAGCAUCUUAUCUCACCCUGUGUUGCCUGGCACCGAGGAGGCCAUGUUUGCACUCUUUCUUCAGCAGUGCCACUUUCUGCGGCAGGCUGGUCACUCAGAGAAGGCCAUCUCCUUGUUCCAGGCUGUGAUUGACUUCACCUUCUUCCAACCCGACAGUGUGAAAGAUCUGCCUACCAAAGAACAGGUGGAAUUCUUUGAGCCCUUUUGGGACAGCGGUGAGCCCCGGGCUGGGGAGAAGGGGGCCCGAGGCUGGAGAGCGUGGAUGCACCAACAGGAGCGGGGCGGCUGGAUCGUUGUCAACCCAGAUGAGGAUGACGAAGAGCCAGAAGAGGAUGACCAGGAAAUAAGAGAUAAGACCCUGCCCAGAUGGCAGAUCUGGCUAGGUGCUGAGCGUUCCCGAGACCAGAGGCACUGGCGACCCUGGCGCCCUGAUAAGAGCAAGAAGCAAACCGAGGAAGACUGUGAGGAUCCAGAGAGGCAGGUGUUGUUUGAUGACGUUGGACAGUCUCUGAUCAGACUCUCCAGCCAGGAUCUCCGGUUUCAGCUGGUGGAAGCCUUCCUGCAGUUCUUGGGUGUGCCUUCUGGCUUUGUUCCCCCAGCCUCCUGCCUCUAUCUGGCCAUGGAUGAGAACAACAUCUUUGAUCCUGGGCUUUCUGAGGAAAAGCCAUUGACUUGUUCCACCCUUUCAUUCUCCGGCGUGGGCCGUGUCGGCCGCAUGGACCGCUUGGGCUGCCAGCGAUGGGCCCAGGGUCACAACCGAGAGGGCGAGGAGUUCAUCCGCAAUGUCUUCCACCUGGUGAUGCCUUUGUUUUCAGGCAAGGAAAAGUCUCAGCUCUGCUUCUCCUGGUUACGACACGAGACUGCAAAGGUCAUUUGGUGUCUGCACACUAAAAACAAGAAGAAAUUAAAGUCCCAAGGAAAGAACUGUAAAAAACUAGCCAAGAAUCUCCUUAAGGAGCCAGAAAACUGCAGCAGUUUGUGCCUCUGGAAGCAGUAUGCACACCUGGAGUGGCUGCUGGGCAAUACAGAGGACGCCAGGCAGGUAUUCGAUACAGCGCUCAGCAUGGCCGGUGCCAGGGAGCUGAAGGAUGCCGAGCUCUGCGAGCUCAGUCUGCUAUAUGCAGAACUGGAGGUGGAGCUACUCUCGGACUUGAGAGGGGCCGCUAUGUCCAGAGCUGUCCACGUACUAACCAGACUGACCGAGAGGAGUCCCUACGGGCCCUACACCGGCCAGGUCUUGGCCGUUCACAUUCUGAAGGCCCGGAAGGCUUAUGAGCGCACACUGCAGGACUGCUUGGAUGAGAGCUGUGUCUCAGACCCAGUUCCCACCAGCUCCGUUAACCGCCUGGUGAGCUUGGCCAAAUGCUUUAUGCUCUUCCAGUACUUGACCACGGGCAUUGAUGCUGCUGUGCGGAUAUACGAGCAGGUAUUUGCAAAGCUGAAGGGCUCUGUGUCCCCUGCAGGCUCUGGCCUGGAGCACAGCGGCAGCCCCCACGGUCUGGCCAGCGCCAUGGAGGCUGUCACACUGAUGCACACAAGUUUGCUCCGGUUCCACGUGAAAGUUAGCGUUUACCCCCUGACUCCGCUGCGAGAGGCACUCUCCGAGGCUUUGAAGUGGUAUCCGGGCAACCGAGUUCUUUGGAGGUCGUAUGUUCAGAUUCAAAGCAAGUCCCACAGUGCCAGCAAGACCCGAAGAUUCUUUGAUGGGAUCACCAGGUCCACCAAAUCCUUGGAGCCUUGGUUGUUUGCAAUUGAAGCUGAGAAAAUGAGGAAAAGACUGGUGGAAACUGUUCAGAGGGUAGAAGGUAGAGAAAUACACGCCACAGUUCCUGAGAGCGGCUUAACAAAUCGAAUCAAAGCCCUGUUUGAACAUGCAAUCCAGAGUGACAGCGGCAGCCAGUGCCCCUUGCUGUGGAGGAUGUACUUGAACUUUUUGGUUUCCUUAGGAAAUAAAGAAAGAAGCAAAGGUGUGUUCUACAAAGCACUUCAGAAUUGUCCCUGGGCAAAGGUGUUAUACAUGGACGCCGUGGAGUACUUCCCUGAUGAGAUGCAGGAGUUCCUGGACCUAAUGACUGAGAAGGAGCUCCGGGUGCGACUGCCGGUGGAGGAGCUGGAGCUCCUGCUUGAAGAUUAGCGACUCAGAGGGCAGGGCCCGCGCCACCAAGGCCAAGUGGCCUGCCCUGCCGGAGCCUGGACGAGCAAGGGGGAGCUUGGGCGGACUGCGGCAUGUGUGUGUUUGCACACACACAUGCUGAGAGACAUAUACUUCUGAGAUUACUCUUUCUCGAUCAUUUGUGUCUGGGUUAUCAGUCUCCCACACCUUGCACAUUUUUAGAUGUGUAAGUGACACAAAAGCUAUUGUUUUACAUAUUAUAUAUGUGUGUGUGUGUGUACAUAGAUGGAUAAUUGUGCCAAGUGGUGAUUAAACCUGUGGUGGUCGAAGUGUGUGCGAGUUCUUGUUUGUUCUGCCCUCCCUCUGCCCGGCCAGCACCAGCCCUGCUCUAGUGAACGUGUUUCCUCAGCAGGCCUCCUUGGUGGGUCUGCCAAGUCCUCUGGGGUCUUGCAGUUGCAAUUGGAAAGGUCUGAGACCAGUUUGGACUUAGAGGUCUGGUUACUCAACACUGGGGCCUUCUCCCCAGGCAGUUAGUAGAUAACCAGUUUCGCCCUCAUCUUCACAUAGGGGCUGGCUCUACCAGCAGAGAGUUAUUUAAAUCUUGAUGUUCCAGCCUGUAUCAACUGUGUCCAGAGUUCCUCAUUAUUCCCUAAGUCCUUCUGCUCAGGUGAUGCCUACGUCUGUGUGCCAACGGCAUCACCUGAGAGCCUGUUAGAAAUGCAGAACCUGCAUCUCGGCUCCUAGGUAUCUACCCAAAGAACUGAAAGCAGGAACUCAGACAGAUACCUG